UUUGAUUCAGAAAUUUUCUUCUACGUUCUCCUGCCGCCCAUCAUCUUCUUUGCGGGUUACGACCUCAAACAGAAACAUUUCUUUCGCAAUAUCGGUGCUAUUCUCACGUAUGCCUUCAUGGGCACGGCUAUUACGGCGUUUAUGACCGGUGGCAUGAUCUAUGCUUACGUGCAAUCGAGUGAGAGCAAUCCUCUCACGACAACGGACUGCUUCCUUUUCGGCUCCUUGAUCUCCGCCACGGACCCCGUCACCGUCCUGGCCAUCUUCAGCGAUUUGGGCGUUGACGACCGCCUCUACUCCAUCGUCUUUGGCGAGAGCGUGCUCAAUGAUGCCGUUGCCAUUGUCAUGUACCGCUCUGUCUCUGAAUUUCGACCCGAAUUGGGCAAUAGUGUCACCUUUGGCCGCAUUCUUUACUCGCUCUGGGUGUUCUUGCUGAUCUUCUGCGGAUCUCUGGCUUGCGGGGCUUUGGUGGGCAUGAUUUCUUCCAUCUUCUUCAAGUUCUCCAACAUUCGGGCCUUCCCAUUGCUCGAGUCUGCUGUCUUUGUCAUCUUUUCCUAUUGCAGCUUUCUUUUUGGCGAGGGUUUUGGUCUUUCAGGAGUUGUAUCCAUUCUUUUUUGCGGCAUCUCACAGGCACACUACACCUAUCCGACGCUCUCCCAUGAAGCACGCGCGCGCACCCGACAACUCUUUGAGCUCAUCAACUUUCUCGCCGAAAACUUUCUCUUUUCCUACGUCGGCCUCAACGUCUUUACCUACCGCUGGGACGCCGGGUUUAUUACAUACGCGCUCUUCACGGUCCUCCUUUCACGCGCCGUGGAGGUGCUGCUCCUUUCUGCUUUGGCCAAUCGCUUUGUGCGAAAGCCCACCCACAAGAUCAGCUGGUCCUACCAGGGCAUCCUGUGGUGGGCUGGCCUCCGUGGUGCCAUUGCCUUUGCCCUUGCCAUCCGCAACACCACCACAACAGCGCAGCAAAUGAUGCUGUCGACGACCUUGGUGAUUGUCAUUGUCACGGUCUUGUGCUUUGGUGGCACCACUGCCGCCAUGCUUCAGCUGUUGGGCAUUCGGUGA